AUGGCGAGCCCCGAAGCGCGUUUUGAUCAACCGGCCCCUUCUUCUUCACGCGCGCGUACAUCGCAAGGCCCAACAUCUAUUCAGGACGCGAUAGAGCAGUUAGCAGCCAGGGAAGCGAGGCGACUGUUUGCGCACGCCGGCAAUGAAUUAGAGCUCCGCCAAAUCCUCGCGCAGAUUCAGAAACAACAGUGCACUCUCCAGACGCGCAUGGCUAGCGCUUCAGCUUCGGCACCCCUACGUCCUUCCCCCGCGCCGAACGCGCUUGCGCCAACACAACCCAUUUUUGAUUAUGCCAUGCACGCGCUUCCCCACACAGUCGAGGAACUAACCGCCGCGCAGCUGCGCAAAGUUUUUGAUUUUAUUGCUACUGGUCCUACGCACGUUACCCCGCAACCACCCACCGACCCAGCGCUUCUUACCACCUCGCAGCAACAGCAGGCCGCCACGGUAGUUUAUCAUCUGCGUCAGCUCGACGAUGCGUUACAGUGCGCAACCUCUAUUUUUCUUAAUGUGCAGACCUUCCUGCUGUGCAGCGCUCCACACGCUUCGACCGGCAUUAUCACUCAUCGCGACCUUAUCAGCGAUGCGCUCCUCCCUAACCUCUUCGCGCGCUCGCAACCGUUCCUCGACGCGCUAACCAGCUUCGACGUCAGCGAGACCCUCAUCACGGAAAAAUCUACGGCUGCAUCUGCUGCGGUAGCGCACGCCACGCGCCUAAUGCGUACACUUGAAUACCAUCAACUCAACUACGGCAUGACGCGCCGCAAAGAGACCUUCUCAGCCAUUGAUGAGGAGUACAUAAGGCUCGCCACUCUACCGGAGCCAGAACAACCGCCAGUCGAGCCACGAACCUAUGUCCGAGCGUUGCGCUGGUGGCAGGACAAUUACGACGACGUCUUGCAUGGAACAUUGACCAACGAGUACCUUGACUUGUGCCGUAGAGAUGAGCCAGCCGCGCCAGAGCAUCAACAACCAACUGAGGAGCAACCCCAGCCAGAAGUGCAACAGCAAGAAACGCCGGUUACGGAGCAGUCAUUUGUGCAAGAAGAGUACGAACAGCCGAUUGUCGAGCAGCAGCAGCAGGUAGUGACGAUAGUUAUGGCCGCGCACCAGAUUCACGCGCCACCAUUUGACGUCUCACUGAAAACACCGAUUCUUCAGGAAGAACAGCAACCUCCGCAAUCCCCAUCCCCGGAAGCUACGACAAGCAGGAACGGUUCAAAUGAAGUCAUGAAAUGUUUAAGCUAG